CAUAGUUUAAAUGUGUGCUGAUAAGAUAUGCUACAUGUUACAUUUAAAAGGCUACAUAAAAAUGUCACAUUGUAAUGUUUGUUUAACAAUAUUUUAACACUGCACACAGUUAUAUCUAUGGUGUUUAUACAGAUGCCUGGCAAUUAUCUCUAUUAUUCUAAAGCAGAUUUACUUCACAAGCAUUCAGAGAAUUAACUGGAGACUCACUCUGAUUGGAUCAUUUAAAUAAGUAAGUCGUUGACUUGAAAGAUUGUUUAGUGUGAUUUGUGUAAAGACUUAACAGGUUAACUUUUUUACCCCAUUUAUGAAAUGUAGCACCUUUCAUUAGCAUCCACUGAAAACUGAUUGGCAAUACUGAGUUUCUGUCUGCGGAGGGGGGAGAGGAUGACUCAACAGACAGGCCUUGAACUCUUGAACUAUCCUGGACUUUUUAUUUGUGGUAAAGAAUUGAUAAGAGAUUUUGCAAUGCGUUUGUUUUGUGUGCGCCUGUGUGUUCAUCAGCAGUUUGUGAGAUUUGUGAUAUGUACAAUAACUGAAGCGUAGUCAUCAGUGGAGUUGUGUGUGCGAGUUUUUUGCUGAUUCCAAUUGUCACUUCCUACAAAUGUAGUUUCACAGGAAAGAUCAAGUACACAGUCUUUUAAUGGUCAACGGCACUUGUUACAUGCACGCAUAGGCUAAUAUUUGUCUACAAGUUCUUAAGCAUUACCUGAUUUUUUUUCUUUUUUAAUAUGGACCAUUUUCUCAAUGCAUCUUCAGAAAAAUUCAUCCUCCUUUUUAUUUUCUGCUUGACAAUGUCAUAUGAAACAAAUUGCGAGGUGAACAUUGAUGAUUGUCUGAAUCACCGCUGUCAGAAUGGAGCCACAUGCAUAGAUGGAGUGAACACCUACACUUGCCAGUGCCCACCUAAAUGGACAGGUCAGUUUUGCACUGAUGAUGUGGAUGAAUGCAGACUGCAGCCCAACGCCUGUCAGAACGGAGGCAAAUGCAGUAACACACGCAACGGCUACAACUGUGAGUGUGUGAACGGCUGGAGCGGCCUGGACUGCUCUGAAAACAUUGAUGACUGUGCAUAUACGCCCUGCUUUGCCGGCUCCACUUGCAUCGACCGUGUGGCUUCUUUCUUUUGCAGCUGCCCUCCCGGCAAGACUGGUUUGCUGUGUCACCUUGAUGAUGCCUGCAUCAGUAACCCCUGCAAGAUGGGCGCUGAAUGCGAUACAAACCCUCUCAAUGGCAAAUUCUACUGUAACUGCCCUUUAGGAUACAAGGGCAGGACAUGCGAGGAGGAUAUAGACGAAUGUGUUAUCGGGCCAAACCCAUGUGAGCAUGGGGGCUUAUGUAAAAACACAGAAGGCUCGUUCACCUGUUACUGUGCUUCAGGUUACACCGGCCCACGUUGUGAGCAUAAAAUUAAAGAUUGUGACUUCAACCCCUGCCAGAAUGAUGCCAGGUGCUUUGUUGAGAUGGGAAAUUACAGCUGCAUGUGCAUGGCAAGGGCUUAAGACACACUGUGAUCAGGUGCAUGAUUUGGAAACGGAUAGGUCUCAUUAAUAAUUUGUGCAUAAGAUAUGAUGCAAACAUGCACAGCCUGUAAAUCUCAUGCGUAAUCCCUAAUAACAAAAAUACAGUUAUUCACAAUAACUAUGUACAAUUAUGCACAAGAUUUAUUUAAAUUAUAGGGGUUUAUUAUAAGGUCUGAUUUUGCAUAUUAUACUUGUGUAAAUUGUCUUGGAUUUUGAGACUUUUUCUUAAAAGGUUAAGGAAGUUCAUUUUAAAGUCCUUCCUAAAAUAAAUCCUGCUAGAGAUUAAAGUUCAAAACACUCUGAUGAAUAUUCAGCUCCACAGAUGUUAAAUAUCCCUUUGCUGAUUUAAAAAAAAUAAAAUAAAAACAAAGGAUCUAUAUCCAUCUAUCUUUC